AAUUCUGAUCGAAGGAUAAUAUUGGAGAAAGGAUUCUCGUUACUCCGUUGCCUUUUGCCGAUGAACUCCUUAGUCCUUACAAUCUCCACUACAGUUUUCUAACAUACGAGGAGGCUUACUAAUUCAAAGAUUGCGGGAUCUGGGAAAAAGUUGCUGUGUGAGUGCUUCAUAAAGCUAGUGAUUAAGCUAAAAGAGUAUGGCUUGGAAGCUUCAGGGUCAUGGUUCUUUGCUCCUGUGGCUUGUUCUUUGUUUGCAUAUCUUAUCUCUUAUAAAUGCAGUCCAUGCGAAAUCUGGCCGAACUAUCACUGAUGCUGAAAUAAGAAUGAAGAAAGAUGAGUGUUAUGCUGACAUUGAGAGUGGCAUGUGGGGUUGGGAUUGCAAAGUUUCGAUGAUUGCAAAAGAGAAUUGUGCUCUGAAAUGUCUCUCGCCAAGGUGCUAUGAACUGGUUUAUGGGAGUGAUCCGCUGGAAGAAGGUGAAAAAGACAUCAUUAGGAGUCAAGAAUUUAAGUUCUGUCAGUAUAGGUCCAUUAAAUCGCUGCAAGGAUGGCCCUGAGUUUUUUUCAGCCGCAAUCGCAUUAGUGGCAUACAAAUGGUUAUCAAAUGGAGAGAGCCUUGAUGGCAUUAAGGGUUCUUUGGGGUAAUAGUCAAGGAGCAAAGAACAGACAUCCAUGUCAAUGUUUUGUCGGGCUUGUAGAAGGAACACUGCAUGCUCCUCAAUUUGCUUCAGCUGGAGCAAUUUGAUUUGUUGAACGUUUCAUUACGCUAAUGCUUUGAUUGACGUUAUCUGUAUAAUGUAUAAAUUGCUUCGACUGUGAAAGGUCUGAGUUUUGCACAUCACAUAUCUUGUAUAUUCGGACAUCAACUGUAGAUGACCAUUCGUAUUUGCAUCAGUUCUCUAAAUACGCUCAAAUGAGCCAUGCGUGCAACAAUAUUGCCUGAGCCGUGAAACAAUAUUGCCGUUCCAUCUUGUUGCAGGCUUGUACCCUUGUAGUUGAAGUGAAUGCUAACUUUUUGGGGUGUUUGUAAUUUUUUUUUAGGCAUUUUGCUUUUUUGGUUGGUCAAUCAUAAAAAAGGUGUGUAGUAAAUAUAUUUUCAUCCUGUAAAAGUUGGUUAUUAAGCAAAAGCUAGAAGAUAGUGGGUAUGUUUGGGAAUUGACUA